UAUCUCAUCUCAUAAACAGUCAGGGAUCAUGGAUUUACGAACGACUUUAUUAAUUAUUUUCAUAUGGUGUUUGUGGUCGAUACACCAUGGAGUUGAAGGCAAUAGUGCAUUCUCUAGAAAACAAGGCAAUAAGCCAGUUAAAACUAUUCGAACGAAGAGCGGACAUGUAUAUAAUUGCGUAGAAUUCCACAAGCAACCCGCUUUUUAUCAUCCUUCUUUGAAAAACCAUACUGUUCACUAUGAUGAGAUAAAACAGUAUGUUGAGAAACAUAGUAUCAGACAAAAAGGAACAGGCAUAUCCAACUUAAAGAGCAUGUGGCUGAACGGUGAAGGAUGUCCAAACGGUACCGUUCCAAUUAGGGAAGUGGCCGAUAAUAAAUUUAUCAAUAACAAAUUUCCCAGUACUGGAAUUUAUGAUAUAAAAGCAGGUUUUGAAGAUCGUCCUAAUCCUGGUGUCCAUUAUGCAAUUCUUCGCACAAAAAAAUCUAAUCGGCGGUACUAUGGGGCUGGGAUGAAUGUGAGCAUAUAUAAGCCUCAUGUCAAAGGCUCUCAAUUUAGUGCUGCUCGCUUCAAACUAGCAAAUGGACCAGAUAGUAUAGAAACUGGUUGGAUGGUGAAUCCCACUCUCUAUGGAGAUAAUUUGACUCAUCUUUACGUAUUUACUAAUGGAGGAAAUUCACACUGUUACAAUACACAUUGUCUUGGAAUAAUAUCCGUUCGUGCGGAUUUUCCUAUUGACGCAGUUAUCACAACAAUUUCUACUCGCGGCAAGGAGAAAGUACAAUAUGUACUGGAAUUCUUCAUCUUCAAGGAUCAAAGUAAUGGAAAUUGGUUUCUUAGAAUAAAUGGUGAAAUUAUUGGGUUUUGGCCAGCGCAAAGAUUCGAAUUUUUAGGAGAAGCCGCUAACUACGUAGACUGGGGAGGAGAAGUGUUCAGUCCUAAUUUGCCUAAUCCGCCGAUGGGGGCCGGCGAUAGUAUUAUUUUCACAGACAGGAAACAAGAUGCAUUUUGCUCUCGAAUAUCAGUUAUAAAUGAAGACCAUAAAGUUGUGGAUGCACCAAAAACUGAAAAAUAUACAGAUUUAGAUGUGUAUCAUGUCGUGGACGGAGGUUCUGAUAAUGGUCCGUGGAGGCAUAUGUUUUAUUUUGGCGGAUCAGGAACCGAUCCGUCUAGGGAUGGCGAAUUUCCCCUUCCUCCAUGGGAUGAUUAUUCCCAUCAAAUACCCCCAUAAAUUUGGAAUGGGACAGAGAGUAUAGUCUCCACUCUAUGGAUAUCUCCGCCCAUGGGGAAACUUAAUUUAUAUGACUAUAUUAUUACCAAUUUUGUUAUAUAUAAUUUAUACUAGUAUUUGAUUUA